UCUCUGUUUCUCUAUCUUCCAAAGUGUUGGGCUUUCUCUCUCUAGACUAAAGGAGGAGUACAUAAAUGCGAGCUUUUCAGCGUAGAGCCAUCUUGGCCACCACCUUCAGGGGAAGGUGGCGCACGAUAGAGUUGGAGCGCCUUGCCGGAGACCGGUGGUGAAGUGCGCUCCCUCUCAUUAACAUUAGAGAGAGAGAGAGCGAGAGAGAGAGAGAGAGAGAGUAUAGAAAGAAGGAAAAAAGAUGGGUCAGGGGCUGAGUUGCAGGGGAAGCCAUGAACAUGGGUUGUUCAGUGCUGUACAGUUUGGGGACCUUGAGACAGUUGAAGCUUUGCUUGAGAGAGACCCAGCUCUUCUGCAACAAUCCACUGUCUACGAUCGCCAGACUGCUCUUCAUAUAGCCUCUGCUAAUGGACAGAUCGAGAUUCUCUCUAUGCUUUUAGAGCGAUCUGUUAAUCCCGACGUGUUGAAUCGUCACAAGCAGACUCCUCUAAUGUUGGCUGCAAUGCAUGGCAAGAUCUCGUGCGUAAAGAAGCUCAUUGAAGUUGGAGCAAAUAUUUUGAUGUUUGACUCGCUUCACGGAAGAACCUGCUUGCAUUAUGCUGCGUACUAUGGCCAUUCCGAUUGCCUCCAGACUUUUCUUUCUGCUGCUCAUUCUAGCCCUGUUGCUGUUUCUUGGGGAUUUGCUCGAUUUGUGAAUAUUAGAGAUGGUAGAGGAGCAACACCGUUGCACUUGGCAGCUCGUCAAAGACGACCUGAAUGUGUACAUAUUCUAUUAGACAAUGGAGCUCUUCCUUGUGCUUCAACUGGUGGAUAUGGCUGCCCAGGAAGCACUCCUCUUCAUUUGGCAGCCAGAGGGGGAUCUAUGGAAUGCAUCCGAGAGCUGUUGGCAUGGGGUGCUGAUCGUCUUCAAAGAGAUUCAUCUGGGAGGAUACCAUACAUGGUUGCUCUGAAGCGCAAACAUGGAGCAUGUGCAGCCUUAUUAAAUCCGUCCUCGGCAGAGCCUCUUGUCUGGCCCUCACCUUUGAAGUUCAUUAGCGAGCUUAACCAGGAGGCAAAAGAACUAUUAGAACAUGCUUUAAUGGAGGCUAACAGAGAGAGGGAGAAGAACAUCCUGAAGGGAACUGCUUUCUCCCUUCCUUCUCCAUGUCAUUCUGAUGCAGGGGUCGAUGAUAAUAUGUCUGAGGGAAGCGAUUCAGAGUUAUGCUGCAUAUGUUUUGAGCAAGUUUGCACGAUUGAAGUUCAGGACUGUGGCCAUCAAAUGUGUGCUCAGUGCACCCUAGCCCUCUGCUGCCACAACAAGCCCAACCCAACGACAGCGUGCCUAACCCCACCAGUUUGCCCAUUUUGUCGAAGUACGAUUGCCCGGUUGGUUGUUGCAAAGAUUAAAACUUACGAUGAUGCAGAGCAUGAUAUCGGUGAUAACUGUUCGUCCAAGAUAAAGAAGUUGAAGAGGUCCCGAAACUUCAGCAAUGAGGGUAGCAGCAGUUUCAAGGGGUUAUCGGCAAUGGGCUCUUUUGGAAAGAUCGGUGGCCGCAGCUCAGGAAGGAUUGCUGCUGAGAAUGAGUGGGCUGACAAGCCUUGAUAACUUCUUGCUAUUUGGCUAUCAAAAAGUAUUACAUUUUGUGAUCAAGGAUUUUGCUUUCUUUGUAAGGGAGGAAAUAGAGGAGAGAGAUUAGAAAAAAUUGGAGAAUUCGUAUAUGAGUGCCUGAUCCAUCUGGUAUGAUCAUCAUCCAUUAUGUAUAUUUGGGAAAUAAGCUGAAAGAAGUGAGUUGCAGCGUUUGCAAGGCUGAGGGGUGGUUGAGUUCAGUUGUGUGGGUCAAUGUUGUAAUAUUUGUUUACUUCAUAUUGAAGGAGAACUUGGUAAUUUUUGUGAGAGGGUCUGUUUAGGAGAGCCAAAUUGAAGUCGAAAAGGAAAAAGAAUCGAAAAAAAAAAUGUUUUAAGGAAAUUCUUUUCUUGUUGAAAAUAAAAAUUCAACAUUCUUCAUUGGCUGCUUUAGCGGAGUUAGCAAACCUCCUCGGAAUGUGUCGAAGUAUGGUCUGAAAGCUUUAACUCUCUCACCAUUGUCCAUCUCUUUCAAUGAGAUAUAUUUUAUAUUAAUUUUAUA